GUUGCAAAAAGCAAUAUGGUGGACCAAAAUGUGUGAGAGUGGCUGAAACAAAAAAGUUUAGAUGAAAUAUGCCAGAAAGAGGAAACGGGGACCUUCCCCUGCCCGAGGGAUGGGAAAAAGCAGUUGAUUACGAUGGAAAAAGUUUCUUCAUUGAUCAUAUACAUCGAAGGACUACGUGGAUAGACCCCCGUGACAGGUAGGAUAAUCCGAAUUGGUAGUGUUUAGUGUUGAGUUUUAGAUUUAGUGAAGAAACGUCAAUGAAGAAUGAAUGCGAAACACUUCAAACAGUAGCCGAUGUAACCACCUUAAACUGAUGAUGUACAAUUUAAUCUGGACACUAGCAUGAACUUUUGGCCAGUCUCAGUCAGUAGGCUAGUAGGCCAUAUUCUAAUAAAUUAAAAUAUAAGUAUUUUACUAUUUUAAAGCCUAAACUAAACAGACCUAGGCCUUUAUGACAUAAGUCUGAUAAUCAGAUAAGUUGACAUAAUAACUUGUACAAGUGACAAGUGCAGUUUAUUACUAAGUGAUAAAUACUAAUACUGCCUAAUUAAGCAUGAGGUAGGCUAACAUUUCUUUUACGAAAUAUUUAGUUUAUCCAGUUUAUUACUAGUAGUAUUACUAUUAUAUUAUUAUUAGUAUUUUAGGGCUCUCACUCUCUCCCUCCUCCCAUUUUUUAUUUUGACAGUGUAAAGUUGUAAAUUGUAAAACUUAUUGAUUAUUGCUUGAUCAUGGCAGGUUUAAAAAUUAUUUUUAAAGUUGAGGUCCAUAUAUAUAAGAUGUCUUAAACUGAAGAUACCAGGUUCUCUGUGGACUGUGGGAUUAAAAAAUAGAUUAUUAAUUAUGAUCAAUUAUGAGUACAGGCCGGGUCAAUCCACUAUUAUUCCUGAUUGACAUCUUACUGUAAUAUUAAAUUUCUUUGAUACAACUGAGACAUUUGAGAUUAAAUGAGAUAGGCUUACCGGUAAUUGUUUAAGGAAACAUUUUCAGUUGUGUCGCUGAAAACUAUCAUCAUAUCAGAUUAUUAUUUUUAAAUGAAUUUUCAGUGCUAUCUAAAUGUGAAUGACACUGUCAAAAUACUUAGUUGGUAAAAUACCCCAAAAAUUUACUUUCUUUUAUGUCUUCUAUCCAAAUCUUGCAACUCAUCUGUGAAGCUUCUUGAAUAUCAGUUUUGACGCACUAGUUGGAAACUGCCAUUGUAGCUAUUUAUGACAUACUCUCAGUGCAGGAGGUAGAGUUUGUGAUGCCCAGGGCAGUCCUUGAUUUUGCCAUAGCAUAGUCACACAAACUAUGAAACAUAAAAUGGAAUACUGUUGAAGCCUGUGUGUUGACAUAAUUUUUGCCUCAACCACUUGUCUCCCCUUUAUUUUGAUAUUGAUGUCACAGAUUUAAUGUGCCAUGCAAUACUACCCCACUCCCCUCCCUUGAUUGGGAAAGUAAUGUUUACAUUCUAGUUUGUUCUAAAGAAUGAUAAUGGGUGAUGCAAUUAACAGGAUUUUGUUUGUGUGUGUGUGGGGUGGGUGGGGUCCUAACACCCUCCCUAUAAAUAAGCCGUCAGAUUUUCUAUCUGGGAGAGAUUUGCUACAUUUCAUAGACACAAGACAUAUUAAUAUAUUUAUAGGAGCCUUUCAAGAUUUUACUCUUUCUAUGUUUGAAUAUUGAUAUAUGUAUUUUUCGAGGAUUAUACCUUAUCACUUGCUGUGCUGUAAGUUUAUAUAGUUUUUAUUUCUGUAUAUUUGAUUUUGUAUUUUUUUAUUCACUUUAUGGUAUAAUUAAAUUGAAUAUUGUUAUUAUCACUAGCUUUUUUUAUAAUUUUUCUUUGCAUACUGUUUCAUGUCUGUUACAUAUUGUUCAACCAAUGAGCCAAAUAUUAAAACAGAUUGAUAUUUUCAAAACCAUAUAACAGUGCGUCAUAAAUACAUAAGCUUUAUUAAGUUUUUGGAGUGACCGAAAAUGUGCCCCUCUGCCCCUGUCUUCCUAUGCCUACACCCUUAUAUUCUAUUAUCAUAUUUUAAAUUAAUGACAAAAUUAUUUUGACUACUCAUAGCACACUCUGUAAUGACCAUUAAAUGUUGGGAGCCAUGUGUAUUAAUUUAACUAUCUGUAGCCUACGAUUUUAAUAUUUUACUUAAAAUUUGAAGUAAAACCUUAAUAAUUUUGUUGUUAAAUUUCACCAAGCUCUUAACUGACAAUGUUGCAGAUUGAUAAUUGAUUGAGUAUUUUUUUUAAAGAAAGGUAGUAAAUUGUGAAUAUUUCAUGAUUCAGUUUUCAAUACACAAUCUCAUUAUUUGAUAUCUGAAGAUGUCACUUAUUUGAUUUAUGUUGAUAGUCUGUUAACAUUAUGGGUUAGUAUAAUUUUUUAAAUGAUGCUUAAGCCUGUUGCAUUGAGUGAGUGACUUGUAUUAAAAAUAUAGUUUGUAGCUAUAUUUAAUUGUGUUAGUAGUUAGUAGGAUGAGAGAAAAAGAGAAUCCUUCCAAAGUCUCUUUAUAAGAUAGAAUGACACAACUGAAUUUAAAAUUGCUUAAUUUUAAAAUUCCUAACAUUAUUAAUAUUGCAAUGACUUAAAUGUUCAUGACCAAAUUUUUUGUUGGAAGCAUUUGUUUUUUCGUUUUCAUGUAUGAUUACAGACUUAAGUUAAUGUGACUUUUUAUUUGUAAUCAAAACUUUUUUUGCUAGCCUAGAGGAUUAUUAAAAUUGUUUAAAAAAAUUGUGUUUUUUAGGCCUAGCUCUAUUCUUUUAACUGGGGCAAUGUAUUUUGGUGUCUUAAUCAUGUUUUUAGGCACUCUCUGUACCUUAAAUAUGUAAUCUAAAAGAAAACGAUUCUUCAGUGUUUUACAAUAGGAUAUGAACUAUAAGGGCCUUAAUCUAAUUCAUCUUUAUAUGUACACAGCUGUAUCUAAAUAAAUGAAAUUUUGUCUUGUUUGUUUAUAUUCAUAUUCCUUUAUUCAUAAUAAUGCUUUAGCCAAUGCUGUCACUGAUUGCUUAGCCUAUCUGUUAUUUUGGUAAGGCCUUGUCUUAAAUACCUGGAAUAACUCAAGAUAAAUAAUCGGAAGUCAAGUGGGUUGACAGAUUAGUUUUUAAAAAAAAUUUAACUAAAAACACUUGUGACCAAAGAUAGUAUGCUGUUAGAAGAUUUAUUUAAUAAUGAGUACAUAUUAGUUUAAUGAGGGUAUUCAAACUGUUGACACAUUAACAUAAUUGUGAAUCUCAGUCUCUUUGCUUUAUUUGAUGUUACUUUACAAGAAUCUGUAAAUGUUAGCAAUAAUAAGUCACUCAUAUCAUCCUGCAACUAUUUAAAGAAACAUGUUUGUAACAUUAAAAACAGCUAAUUGCCAUUGCGGGUAAAAAAAAAAAAACCCUCAUUUUGGAGAGUUUGGAAUAGAAUAUUAGUUUGUGAAGGAGGUAUUACUAUAAAGAUAUGUUGGCAGUUAAUUCAAGCCUGCAAUUAAAAAAUGGUUAUGCUCAUUAGAAAUACAAUACAGUUUUCAGAGAUUUAAUGUUGAUAAUGUUUAAACAUGUUAAAAACAUUUAUAUGUAAAAAAAACCAACAAAAAACUCUUAAUUUUAAUAUUUUUAAUUUAUCUUAAUUCUAGGGUGUAAUUUAAAAAAUUUUCAACAUUUAUAUUCAUUUAUAAAGUAAAUUAAUAUAUUAUAUUACUUUGAAAAUAUGUUAUUUUAGAUCCUAAACUUAAAUGCAUCAUUAAUUACAUACCAUUAGUUUCUCUUAGCUUCACUUCAAUACUAAUUUAAAUAAGAAGCUUUGUUUUAAAAAAGCAAACAAAUUUAUGAACUAAAAAAAACAACAGUUGUGAUUGAUAGCCCUUAAAUAAUCUGCAUGGAUGAUUAUCAAAAAAGUUUUGUGCUCUAAGCAGUUAAGAAAGAAACAAGUGAAGUGUAUACAAGGAUAAGGACCUCUUGUGAUGCAAGACAAGAAUUGAGAAAACGGAUUAAAAAUGCUAGAGGAACUUUUGAGAUAUUUUUAAGCAUUUAAUUGCUUACAGCAGGCAUAUUUGCUAUAAUUGCUAUAUUUUUUGUGGGAGAUAUCACAUUUAAAUAGUGUAAGUGUACUGCUGGGCUGACAUCCCAUUUUGUGCAUUAAACGCUAAAACUGUUUUUGUUAUAUGUGCUAAAAAGUACUCAGAAUGAAAGUGAAUUUUUAAAUUUAAAAAAUCGUAACAGAUGGAACAUGCACAUGAUAGUUGUUUUUUAAAUACUUUUUAUGAGAGUAUUAUAAAAUUUUUAGAUAAAGUACAUUUGAAAAUGUAAUUUUUUUUAUAAGCCAACUAUUUAUUAGGUCCUAGUCAUCAAAUCUGUAUGGCUCUCACAAUUCCUGAGCUUACUUUUUCUUCUCAGAUAUUUGAUAUUUGUCUUAUGGUUUGCAUUUCAUACAUCUUAUUUAACUCUUUAUGUCCUGUGUACUGAGAUUUCAGCUUUUGAAACAGGGCUGUUUGGUUGGAGUGCUGAUAUAUCAGCAAUGAGAAUUUUAUUCUUUUUUUAAAUUUUUUUUUGUUUUGUUCUGUUUGUUAUUGGUUUUUUUUAAAUUGGAAAUAAGACAACAUAAUUGGUCUAUCUCUGGGGAAAACAAAAUUAGGAGUUAUUGAAACAUGAUUGUGUCGUUUUGCUUGAAAAUUAAAGGACUUGGAUGUAUAAAUGCUAGUUUUUGUACAACAGAAUUUAAGCCUUUCCAACUACUGACUAAAAACACAGUAGACACAGAAAAAAAGCUUUGAAACAUAAAACUCUGCUAAACAAAAGCUACAAGUUAUAAAUGUAUUUAGUUUUCUUCAUGAAUGCAGAAAAUUCCAUUUUAAAAAAACAACUUUCAGUGAAAUAGUAGUUGAAUAAGUUGGCAUUCAGUUUGCUUGCCAACAUAUCUUUAGCUACAAAUCAAUAUUUGCUAUUUAAGUAUGUAUUAAAUGUAUAUGUCUUUUUUAAAUUUCUGUUUGUUGUUGCAAUAGUAAAAGUUUUUCCAAUGUUUAUUUUAAUGACUAAGGUUACAUGGUUUUAUCUUUUUAUUGUAGGUUUACAAAACCCCAGUCAUUCGCUGACUGUGUUGGAGAUGAGUUGCCACUUGGAUGGGAGGAAGCUUAUGAUCCAAAUGUUGGAGUCUAUUACAUUAACCACAUCAACCGUAAGUGGUCUCCUCAGUUCACUGGAUACACAAAUAUUAUCUAAUGUCUUCAUGUUAAAAAAGUUCUGUUAUGGUGUGAAAAUCUGUUCACCUUGAUAAUUACAUAUGUUUAGAGCUAGACUAAUUAAUGUCUGUGCUAGUUUGAAAGAAUGAACAUGUGUGAUUGUGUUCUGUCUGUAGAACUAAACCAACUUGAAGACCCUCGAGUACAAUGGCGACAAGAACAGGAACACAUGCUCAAGGAAUACCUGGUCACAGCACAAGAAGACCUGGAGGUAACACAUCGCACCAAUAAUCUCUAGUAAAACUUAGUAGUUAUGGCCAACUCUUCUUGCACUUGCACUAAUUGGCAGCUGCAGAAUUGUCAGUUGUCUGUUUUGAGACAAGAUCAGUGUUAGCUGUCAUCUUCAGAUGUUAGAAAUGAUUGUAAAUUUUUAAAAGAUAAAACAGUGCAAUCUUAGCUCCACUUUACCAUUCUCUAAAUUACUUUGUUCAAUCUAAACUAAAUACUUAUUACUGACAGUUUGUGUAUUUUAAUCUUUAUCCCAGUCUUACCUUUAUUUAAAUAUUUAAUGAUUUUAUAUGCCACAUAGGAAUAAGUUUUUCAAAUGUUGUGCUUUGACGUUAUGCAUUGUUUCUUUAAUUUUCUCAGGCCAAGAAAGAGAUUUACUCCAUCAAAGAACAACGUUUGAUGCUGGCCCAGGAUGAGUUCCAGUACCUUAAUGACACAUUGUCAGGCUGGAAGUCAUCAAGGACUAGUUGUACGUUCCGAGUGAUUUAGUUUUAAAAGUAUUUUACACAUCUGUAAAUAACCAUUCACAUACAUCAUCUACACAUUUAUAUAUGUUAAUUAAACUAAUCUCUUAGAAAAAUUAAUUUUUUUGCUAAUUUAGGAAAGUAUGUUACGUUUAUUAAUAGAAUUUUAUUUUUUUUGGCCUCUUCAGUAAACUCUAACUCUAGUGUGGGUAGCACCAAGUAUGACCCUGACCUACUAAAACAAGAUGUCAAUCUGGCAAAGAGUCGAGUGGCAAGACUCAAACGUGAACUGGAGCAAAUUGGGGCUGAGAUGUCUUAUAAAGAAAGAGGUGUUGAAACUCUUUCCAAGUAAGCACAAGACAAUUUUAAAUAUUUCAUGUAGAAUUAAUAGUUGUUUAUAAUUAUAGAUGACUUGUUCAAAAGAGAGAUAUGACGCUUUUAUAAAUGUCACUUUGCCGUCUAACUUAAAAGAAAUAGCUAUCAAAAUAUAAAUAUUUUAACUGAAAUAAUAUGACAUAAGCCUGUGUAACCGUUUAGGGCAUAAAUUAACAUUAAGUUAUUGUUAAGCAGCUUAUUGACAUAUCUCUUGAAAUAUUUGAUUUCAGUGUUGGUGAGAAGUUACAGUCUAUAUCUGGUGGAUACAGUCUGGAACAAGCACAAAAGAUAUUAUCUGAAAUUCGACAACUCCAGUCUAAGAUGUCUCAGGGAGAGAAGGAAAAGAAUGACCUCAUGCAGGUAGGUUUUGGCAGUUUAGAAAAAUUGUGAUUUAAUUUUAAAAUAUUUUUUUAGUAAUAAACUAGUUACUCUCUAUCUCUCUCUUUUUUUCUCUCUACUCUGUCACUUACUUUAAUAAUUCUGCAUCUUAUAACUACACAGAGUACUAACAUUGUAGAAUUUUAACAUAUCUAAUUUUGAAAUAUCUAAUCAGCCCAUUGUUACUUGAAAAAUUCUUGACCAACACCUAUCCAGUUUACUGAAAGCCCCCACUUAAGCAAAAACUCACAAUUCACAUGUUGAUAUGUAGUGCUUCUCAACACCACCACUCACCCACAACAUGUUGAUAUCUAGUGUUUCCCAAUACCACAACUUAUCCACAACAGGUCGAUACCUAGUGCUUCUCAACACCAACCACUUAUCCACUCCAUGCUAUCUAGUGCUUCUCAACACCAACCACUUAUCCACUCCAUGAUAUCUAGUGCUUCUCAACACCACCACUUAUCCACUCCAUGAUUUCUGAUGCUUCUCAACACCAACCACUUAUCCAAGCAUAAUGAUAUAUAGUGCUUCUCAACACCACCACUUAUCCACUCCAUGCUAUCUAGUGCUUCUCAACACCACCACUUAUCCACUCCAUGCUAUCUAGUGCUUCUCAACACCACCACUUAUCCACUCCAUGAUAUCUAGUGCUUCUCAACACCACCACUUAUCCACUCCAUGCUAUCUAGUGCUUCUCAACACCAACCACUUAUCCAAGCAAAACGAUAUCUAGUGCUUCUCAACACCACCACUUAUUUACUCCAUGAUAUCUAGUGCUUCUCAACACCACCACUUAUUCACUCCAUGAUAUCUAGUGCUUCUCAACACCACCACUUAUCCACUCCAUGAUAUCUAGUGCUUCUCAACACCACCACUUAUCCACUCCAUGAUUUCUGAUGCUUCUCAACACCAACUACUUAUCCAAGCAUAAUGAUAUAUAGUGCUUCUCAACACCACCACUUAUCCACUCCAUGAUUUCUGAUGCUUCUCAACACUAACCACUUAUCCAAGCAUAAUGAUAUCUAGUGCUUCUCAACACCACCACUUAUCAACUCCAUGAUAUCUAGUAGGGGUGUGCCGGAUCCGUUUUUUCCAACCGGAUCCGGAUCCGGAUUUUCUUAUGCGAAAUCCGCCGGAUCCGGAUUCCGGUUUCUCCCAGAUUCCGGAUUUUGGUACUAUUGGUAGAUACUUCGGUAAGUCAAGGUGGACUACUACUUUUUGUGUAUGGGAAUUCGCAAUCGGCGCCAAAAAAUCCGAGUUUUUAAUUUUCCGAUGUGUGUGUCUAUUUAUUAUUAAAUUAGUACUUUCGAUAUAUAUUUGAGUUCCGUUCCAUUUGGAUAAGUGUCUUACGAGAGACGCCAUGUUUCUACGCGUUCGCAGCAGGUUAUGCAGCUCGCUCAACCUAAUUUCGCCAUGGGGUUGGCCACGCCCCCCUUUUUAAUGGCGGAAGUUGACGAUACUUAGGAAAUAUUAAUUUAUUAUCACUAUUUACAUCAAAAUAAUUGAUAACUUGUGUUUCAGAAUGCAUUUAAAGACAUUUAAACUGGAAUGUUUUAAUUUGAGCUUUAACAACCCGGUAGAAUCCAUAUUAUAAAUGAUCAGAAUUUACCGUGUGCAACACGUUGUCAUUGGCAACCAUUCACAGCCACUUGCAUAACUGUAUCGUAGUACUACCUCAGAGUUUCAUUCAUAAGAGUUUGCCGUGUGCAAAAACUAUUAAACCAUUGGUCAGGGAAAGCUUUAAUUAAUUAUUCAUGUGCCAAAGUUGAAAGUUUAAACUAAGUCUAAACAGUAUUUUAGUGAUAAGGCAGGGAAUGCGUUGCCUUAUAUAAACUAUAUAGUCAUUGCGCAUGACGGGAUUGGUGGAAUGAGAUCACAGAAUGUGGAGAUGCAGUCCAUGUUAAAAAAUGACAAACCAAGUCGUACUUUAAAAAUUCAUAACUUUAAAACUACAACAGCUAAAAAUAUGAUUUUGGUGUUAUAAUUCUUUAAAAAAUUACAUCUUUUCAACUAUGCCAUUGGUUUAUUUUUACAAAAGGUUUAAAUUUUCUUAUCAAAGUCCCUACACUAUUGGCCACUAUUAGCGGUGCUGACUCUAGCCUCUGGUAUGUACGGAAUAUUAAACAUUAAACAAGCUCAACGCUCGAAACAAUCGAUUAAUGUAUCGUGAUCGUGUGAAAUUCGGGAAAGAGAAUUACUUUUAUUUCAGAUUAUGAUCCGGUGAGUCACAAAAUCUGGCAAAUUCCGAAAUCCGGUAUAUUCCGGAAUCCUGUUGUUCCGGAUACAUGUAAAUCCGGCGGAACCGGAUUUCACCGGAUAGUGCAAAAUCCGGCGGAACCGGAUUCCGGACCGGGGUCCGGCACACCCCUAAUAUCUAGUGCUUCUCAACACCACCACUUAUCCACUCAAUGAUAUCUAGUGCUUCUCAACACCACCACUUAUCCACUCUUUGAUAUCUAGUGCUUCUCAACACCACCACUUGUCCUCUCCAUGAUAUCUAGUGCUUCUCAACACCACCACUUAUCCACUCUUAGAUAUCUAGUGCUUCUCAACACCACCACUUAUCCACUCUUUGAUAUCUAGUGCUUCUCAACACCACCACUUGUCCACUCCAUGAUUUCUGAUGCUUCUCAACACUAACCACUUAUCCAAGCAUAAUGAUAUGUAGUGCUUCUCAACACCACCACUUAUCCACUCUUUGAUAUCUAGUGCUUCUCAACACCACCACCUGUCCUCUCCAUAAUAUCUAGUGCUUCUCAACACCACCACUUAUCCACUCUUUGAUAUCUAGUGCUUCUCAACACCACCACUUAUCCACUCCAUGCUAUCUAGUGCUUCUCAACACCACCACUUAUCCACUCUUUGAUAUCUAGUGCUUCUCAACACCACCACCUGUCCUCUCCAUGAUAUCUAGUGCUUCUCAACACCACCACUUAUCCACUCUUUGAUAUCUAGUGCUUCUCAACACCACCACUUAUCCACUCUUUGAUAUCUAGUGCUUCUCAACACCACCACUUGUCCACUCCAUGCUAUCUAGUGCUUCUCAACACCACCACUUGUCCUCUCCAUGAUAGCUAGUGCUAUCAACAUUAUGACCCACCCACAUCAUAUUGAUAUCUAGUGCUCCUCGGCACCACCCCUCACCCACACAUAAAAUAAGUUCUAAUGCAUUUCCGCUGUUAAUGCUUAGUGUCCACCAUCGAUGUUCUUUUGCCUUAGGAAAUGAUGUGUUCAAGUUAAGCUACCUCCCCCACAAAAAAAGACUUUUUUAUUCUUCAAAUUAGCUAUAUUAUUUGACACAUUAGCAAACAUGUAAAAUAAAUGAUGCAUGCAUCAAGAUGUUUGCUGUUGGUUGUCUUGUAAAACUACAGUGAAACCCACAUGACAUUCAUGGAUCAGUGUAAUGAAAGAACUGAGUCUAUGUCAAAGAGAAAUGCUUCCUCACAUUAUGGGAACCCUUCACUACAAUUAUAUCAAGUGUAUUUUAUUGUCUUCAAUCACCAUAAUGUGUCCUAUUAAGGGUGCUUUGUUCUCUAGAUUUUGUUACCUUUCAAGUUACAGCUAUUCACUUUGGUAAAAAAUCCUAAAUAAAAAAAGAACAAUGUUUAAUUUGAUUGCUGUUAAAUAAGAAUUUUUAGUGUGGGGGGGGGGGGUAAUGGGAUUAUUGUUAAACCAUAUACUUAAUUAUAUGGGUGGUACUGCCAUUUAAACAGUGGCAGCUCCAGGAUGGGAACUGCUUGGUAUAUGCCACUCCUGUCUUUGUUUGAAAGGUUCAGAUAGAUAAACUUAGACAUUGCCAUUAAAACAGUGUUUCACAAACUUUAUUUCUCCAUGCCUCAUCCGAGCAGCCCUUAAAACAGUGUUUUACAAACUCUAUUUCUCCUGCCUCAUCGGAGCAGCCCUUCAUACAAACUUUAUUUGUCCUGCCCCACCUGAGCAGCCCUUGAUACAAAAUUUAUUUCUCCAUGCCCCACCUGAGCACAUAAAAAGGUUUGAAUGUCCCCCCUGUGUGAUUACAUUUCCUCCAGAGACCAAAUACACCCCCCCUCCCCGCCCUUUCCCACAAUUUUCAAAUGGCUCACCUAUGGGGUGUACACCCUAUGACAACGUAUUAUCUGUUUGUAUACAUAUCUAUAAGACAGAUGCUAAACUGGGUUUUUAGGUCUGGUAAAUUUGAUUAUAUUAGGUGUAUAAACGGAAUCUCGACAUAAGUAUAGGAAUGCGGAAACACGUAGCAGUUGGUAGUUUUUCAUGUGAAAUCUGCAAGGAGUGGGUUAUGGGAAGCAGUCAAAAAUAAUAAUUCGUUUCGGCUGUUGUCAGCGUUAAGGAAUGGCAAAAUGGAAGGCUCUCUGACUCCAGAUGCUGUUGGGCUUUAGUGAGAAAUAUAUAUAUAUUUAUAUAUAUAUGUAUAUUUAUAAAUCUAUGUCCCAGACUGGAUCCACCCUAUCUCUCUCUAUCUCUCUCUCUCUCUCUCUCUCUCUCUCUCUCUCUCUCUCUCUCUCGCUUCCUCUACCCCCCCCUCGAAAAAAUAUACCCAUAUUGAUAAAAUGUUUUUUCACGUAAUGAUAUUUAUCUUUUUUUUGUAUUUUUAGUGAGAUAUAUAUAUAUAUUUAUAUAUAUAUGUAUAUUUAUAAAUCUAUGUCCCAGACUGGAUCCACCCUCUCUCUCUCUCUCUCUCUCUCUCUCUCUCUCUCUCUCUCUCUCUCUCUCUCUCUCUCGCUUCCUCUACCGCCCCCUCGAAAAAAUAAAUCCACAUUGAUAAAAGGUUUCUUCACGUAAUGAGAUUUAGCUAUUGUUUGUAUCAUACUUAUGCUGUACGCAACAUUUUAUCCCUCCCGAAGUAUAAUUGAACUCUUUCAAUUCAAAGCCAGUGAGUUCAGGUUGAGAUAUGUUUUAUCUUCAGGGUGCAACUAUGUGGCUUGAAAAUAAGCAUACACACUUUCACAAUUUUCGGGAAAGCAGUGGUUCUCAAAGGGGCGGUGGGAUUGCUCAAGGGGCUGUAAAAUGUUCCGUAGGCUUGAGGGAGGGGUGGCUUAGUUAGAAUUACAUAUGGGGGUGCUGUUGAAUUUUGUAAUGAAAUAAAUAAAAACAAUUGAACAGUAUUCACAGUCGUGAAUAGCUAUAACUGAGAUAUAGUACUGUCAAACACACGAGGAAAGACAUUUGAUCUUUUCAACAGUGUGGGCAGCAAUAGGAACAACAUGUGUAUACUUAGCACGUGACAAUGAACAAGCGACACUCAUAAAUUGACUAUAUAUGCGUCACCGGCAAAUUUGUAAAAAACAUUUGCAUGGUACACAGAAAUAAAACGAGUGGAACCUAACUGGUAUUUUCUCCAGUAUGUUUCAGUUUUCAUGAACACUAUUGUAAUGCUCGAUUAAGGUGUCUUAAACAACAUUGGUUGGACAAGGGGGAAAAAACAAACUUUUGUUUGUAUUGAUUAUGUCUAAAAUAUAAUUAUGUAUAGAUUGAAAAUUAUGUCAAAUGACAUUCCGUAGCGACUUGGGACGUAGAUAUAGUUAUAAACUGGGGCGGUAAUUGAGGUCAAAUUACGUCAAUGCAACCUGUUAGUUUUUUAAAUAUAAUUUCAAGCUCGAGCGAUAUGAAUUAUGCUUAGACCUACACACUUACCAUGAAAUAGUUUCAUUAAAAUUUUGUUUUACAAUUAAUAACUUUAAUUUUAAAAUAAGAAUUUCAGAAAUAGUUUUUUUUUUAAAUGUAGAAAAAACAGUAUUGGAAUAUCCUAAGAUAUGGUUUAUUCAAGCACAAACACACCAGCAGGUGCCAAUGUGGCUAAAUGCGAAAAGGUCUUUUAAAAUACGGCAAUGAAGCCUCCCCGGCUGAUUGAACAUUUUGAUAUUAAGGCACAUCCUGACAAGGCAAACAAGAGCAUAACAUUUUAUUAACUUUUUCAAUCACCUUAGGACAAACUUAAAAAAAACAAAACAAAAUAACGCAUUAUUGACCGUCGUGAGUUAUUCCGAUUUUCAAGCCUGUCUGAACUAGAAUUUGAAGAUGUGAUACCUGAUAAUGAUCUUGAAGCAUUUUGUGACCUUUUGGGUAUGCUACGUAAAGAUAUGCCUGGAAUGUCCAUCUACUUUUGAUGGACAUUCCAGAUGGGGGAUGCAUCCAUUUUCGGAUACUGAGACAGUUGGUGUUUUCGAAAAAGAACGCAUUCAGCUUAAAAAUGAUACAGAGCUGAAGCCAACGUUCAGAAGCGCUAAAAAUUGGGGCCGUGGCAACAAAAGGAAAUUGACAAUCGUUAUCCCGCACUGUGAUAAGUAACUUCUUGUUGCCUUUCAAGUUUGGUUUAUAAAGGAUCGUUUUGCAAUUGCAUGACUUUACGCCAGAAGCGCUCAUGUACAGUAUAUGAGCGCUUCUGACUUCGUGUGCGACAUUCGUCAAACAUUUUUGGUUCUAAUGGGUUUGCGAUAGGUUGGCUCGGUUCAUAGUCAGUGACGUUAAAGUUAGGGUUCAGUUCGGUCGUCAGCAGGGUUCAAGUUCGCAUUGUUUGCUUCGGGUUUUGCUCGAUUCCCAUUUCUUCUUCAUACGCCAAUGAUGAGCCCCAAAGAACCUCUUUUUUUUUAUCCACGCCCACUAACCUAUUUUGUUCCUGACUUUUUCUAAGCAAAACAUUUUUGGGUUUAUAAUUUAAUUAAACCACCCCUAAAACAAAUUUGUUCGUAUAAAUCCUUUAUAAAAAUUCAAUAUCGAACAAUGGUGGAGGGUUGGGGCUAAAAAUUAGACAAAACAUGCAUACAACUAACGCACUUUAUAAGAAUCACAAUUAGUGCUUACCCCCCCACCCGCUUGUAACCGCACAUUUUUUUUUACGCCCCUGAACUAUAUUAAUAUUCUAAUGACGCACCCACUUGUACACCGCUUAUUUAUUUCACCAACUAUUCAGAAAAAAAAAAUAUUACGCACCAAACGCUCUUAGAAUUUCAUUUAGCGAGUUAUUGGGAAUUUUCGUUUCUUGAAAUCAGUGUCAUUAUAUUUCUCUAUUUUUCCCUUGAAAAACUUGAUUUUUGGGGAUGGGCUGACAAUUUGAUACAACGUGUUGUCAUCGAUAACGAGUCUAUGUGCUCGUUUCAGCUCGAUAGUUUGACAGGAAGUGGGUCAAUUAGCCGUCCGAAGAUUUUGCCAGCCAGCCACGAACGAAAACGAAGUUAAUAUAAAGGAUUUCAAAAAUGAGCUAUAAUCUAUGCCAUGUUUGAUUAUUGUUGUGUUAAAGUUAGUGACAAUCUCUUUCAGUCUUCUCAAAUUGUACCGUUUUGUUGUUUUUUGUUUUUUUUUUUUUUUUUUUUUUUUUUUUUUUUUUUUUUUGUUUUUCUUUAAAGUAUCAUGGAAUGACAAAAAUAUAUCCCCCAGCACCAAAAUCAGGCUGAUGCGCUCAUUAGUCCUCUCAAUUUUCCUGUAUGCCUGCGAAUCCUGGACAUUAACAGCCGAUCUUGAAAGGAGAAUAAUGGCGAUGUAGAUGAGAUGCUUCAGAAGCAUUUUUGGCAUCUGCUAUAGGGACGAUAUCUCCAAUGAUACAGUGAAAGAAAGGGUUCAUCAGGGGAGUACGAUGACCUACUGGUGACUGUGAAAAAACGCAAACUACAAUGGUACGGCCACAAGGGCUUGCCAAAGAAAUAUUGCAGGGCACCACAAGAGGAGGGAGAAGAAGAGGAAGACAAAGAAAAAGGUGGGGGGAGGGAUAAAAUCAAAGAGUGGACAGGACUAACACUAGUAGUGCUGAAGACCGAGAGGAAUGGAGGAGGAUGGUUCACAUGCCAUCUUAGGCGCCCCAACGGUCCAAGGACUAAGGGACAUGAGAAGGAUGAGGAGGAGGUUCAUUUUGUAAAGUUAACCACUGUUAUGUUAAUCAUUUCUUGCAAUACAAUCCUACGGUAGUAUUUCUCUUACAAUGUUGAAUCUCGAGGCCUGAACAGGCUGCGAAAUCAAAAUUCAGUCGGUCACCAUUUUGAAAGCUCUUCCAUUGAGGGAGGUCAUGCCCUUUUUGGGUGCUGACGUGGUACAAAAAAGGUUGGGAAACAUUGUAUUAUUGUUAAGCCAAGUAUAAUUGCAAGUAAAUGAUGUGGGUUGUUUGUUUACUUUGCUUUAAAAUAAUCAUUUAGACUGACGGGGACGGGGUGGCCUCAAGACUAUUGCUCCAUGGUAUCGCGGCACCUACACGUAGGAUAAUAUAAAAUAUGUGAGGCAUUAAUGUCAUGUAAGAUCCACAAUCCGACCCUAGUUGGCGACAGUGAAGAAGAUGAGAUGAUUAUCUGCUGUACCCAACCGUUUUUUGCACUGUCUAUGAAUUGCCGUCAGCUGCCAAUAGUGGACGCUUGGCUGAUGAAGCGGGCUUUGAGCUAAGUCUCGUAAUGUCUUUAGUAGACGGCGCUUGACAUACGUAGCCACUGUGCAACAAAAAGGUGCACUAUUAGAGCCUAGUUCAUUUCUUUUUUGGCUGAAUUCUUAAGUGUGUAAACCUUUGGUAUACAUAUUUUCUUAUUUGUGUGCAUGGUGUUUUGUGUGUAUGGUGGUUGUUGUUUUGUGUGUUUAUGGUGCCUGUAGUUUAAUGUGUGUAUGGUGGUGGUUGUUUUGUGUGUUUAUGGUGCCUGUAGUUUAAUGUGUGUAUGGUGGUGGUUGUUUUGUGUGUUUAAGGUGUCUGUAGUUUAAUGUGUGUAUGGUGGUGGUUGUUUAUGUGCAUAUGGUGUUUGUUGUUUUGUGUGUACGGUGGUUGUUUUGUGUGUUUAUGGUGCCUGUAGUUUAAUGUGCAUAUGGUGUUUGUUGUUUUGUGUGUACGGUGGUUGUUGUUCUGUGUGUGUAUAGUUGUUGUUUGUGUGUUGGUAGUUAUUGUUUUUUUGUUGUUUGUGUGUGUGGGGGUCUUUAUAUUACUUAUGCGUGACUGCUCACUGGGUAUUAUGAAAUGAAAUUAUAGAAACUGCAGGGCUCAUAAAUUAGCCCUAUGUUCUCUUUUUUUUCUUUCAUUGAUCAUUUAUAAAUUCAUGUUAGUGUACCUAAGUAAAGCAAAAAUUGUGUUGACUGGGAUAUGGGUUUCAUGUGUGAUGAAAUGAAGGUACUUGCUGUUAUUUCUACCUGGCUUAAUUUAUGUUUAUACAAUACCUGCAAGUCAGUUGGUCAAGAUUUUUAAACUUGUGCUUGUUGUAAUGACUACGGUAGACUUACAUAGAGAAACCUUGAGUGUGUUGUAACGACUACGGUAUGUGCACGGAUAACUAUUUAAUGGUGACAAAAACUAUUUAUCUUGGGUCAUAAUUAACUGUUGCGUCAAUCUAGACACAGUGCAUGUAGUGGAGGAACUAGGUAAUGGGAAUGCUCUUAAAUAAAUGCAUUCAUAUAAAUACAUUACCCUAUUUUUCUCUCUCACCAUCUUUUUACUCUCUCUCUCUCUCUCAUGGGUUUUAAGCAGUGGUGUAACUGAGAUUAGCGUUGCACUUGUGUACACUCUGAUGCAAUGAGCCAUAGUUGGGAAUACACCAUAAAGACGUUAGAUCAGCCUUGCAUAGCAUUGAGAUGAUAUUAGUUUUUGACCAGUUCUACACCCAGCUCCUAGCUCAAUAUAUUCUGGAUUCCUGUAGUCUGGAAACUGAAAGUCGGUCACAGUUCUCGACUUAGUCGGCGCAGGCCAAGUCGAUCUUCAGCCAAUUUUUCCGUUUCAAGCGAGGAGAUAUUUUGUUUCAAGUUUGUGAAUAAUAUAUUUUUAAAGUAUUAAAAAGUAGAAAACCUUCAUAGGGUCUCACCUCUGACCCAUGUCAGUGUUUCAGUCUUACCUGUACAGUACACCUUUGACCCCGGGUGACUUUUGACCCCGCACAUUAUUUUCGUCCACCUGCCGGUGGCCUCAGGUUUCACACCUCACGUGCCUAUGUGAUGAGUCACGUGAGUACAUUGACGCGAGUUACCUGCUAGGGGUAACAGGUUCUCGGGUGUAGUGAAAGGGUGGGCCGCGGCUUGAUGGCAUGAAGUGGCCUCUGGUGUAGACCAGGGUCGCUGUGUUCUAUUCACUAUUGUCGGGUGGCUGGGCGGGACGGAACUAAGAAUCAUUGUCUCGGAUUCUUAAGACUAAGUAAGAACUGGAUUAAUAUUGAAUGGUGCCAUUCUUCAGUUUAAAAUCUAGUUUCUGUACUCUUAUAUCAGAGUUGCUUUAUCUCACCGACUCUUAGGCAGUCCUUAAAACUGUUACUGGGUAAAGAAUGAGCUCAGGAUUUAGCAAUACAUUUAGUAGUGAGCACGUAACACUUCAAUAAUUCUCUGCUCCCACUCACUCUUAAAGUCGAAAAUAUUUCCUUCCCCCCCCCCCAUGAACGAUUAAUAAUUUACUCUGUAAUCCUAUGGGAAAUACCUUAAGGUUUUUGUGACUCUAAAAAGACCAUCGUGGCAGAGGUAUAACUGUUACUUGAAGCAUCUUCCACAAGAUGAGGCAUAAACCAAAGUCAUUUUGGCCAAAGCUGGUAUGUUUAGGGCUUGGUUUCCCCUAAAAGGGCUUUUAAGUUACAUAUUUCACAAAAUUUCUUUACACAUUAAGGCACAAAUUUAUUUUCUAAGAUCUACAGCUCUCUUUGCAAUUAAAUAAAAAAUAAAUAAAAAAUACGUUAUUUCAAAAUUGAGAAAUGCAUUGCUACUCAAAAAAAAAGGGGGGGGGGGGGGGCGAGACUUGGUCAAACCCAUCGCGAGACAAGUCAAAUAAUUCAUUGACGUGCGUAGUAAUAGAAAAAGUUGGGAAACACUCGUCUUGGGAAAAUACAUGCUUAACUAAAUGUAUAUUUUCCCUCCCCGUCCCCAAUAUACCCCCAUACAUUUUCGUACUUAAGGACAACCGUUCAAUUUUUUUUUUGUUAACUUUAAAAAAAGCUCGUCAAUUUAAGAACUUAAGACUAGUUAAAAACUUUUACGUUCUAAAAAAGUAAUAGCUUGUUAAAACACUAUCCGCUGUCAUUUUGGGGUUCAAUUUAGGCAGCAAUUUAUCUUAACUCUUGGGACAAUUUUUUUUUUUUUUUUGCAUUUGAACGGGAAGGCAACAUAUCUCAAAUUACGAGUACGUCAUACAUGGCUGCAUGCUGAACAAUAUUGCACUGUCUUGUAACCUAAGAGUAUCAUAAAUUGGCAUGGGGCUAAGUCAACUCCUGCUCUUUUCAGUAACGAGUUCCGGUUGACAAUAUAAAAAAUAACUAAUCACUGACUUGGUUUGCCCCUUCAGUACCAUAACAUCUAUUAUAAUGGAUGGUCUGAAUAUAUAUAACACAAAUCUAGAAUGUUUACGUAUUCUUUCAUUUAGGAAAUUAUGAUUUUUGUCCAAAUCGGCUUUGUUUCUUGUUCCCCAAUUGGUUUAAAAAAUAAUUAUCGGUGACAAAAACAAACGGGACAAAAACAAACAAAAAACGACAACUCAAAAAGCUGAUCGCAACAAGUGUGUCCCCCCCCCCCUCCUUAACACGCGCUUUGUUUAACAGCCGACACAUCAAGUCUUGCACUCUGUCGUCUAAGACCUCAGUGUGGCUCAGUGAUUCGUCUCGCAUCUCUUACGUGGCCCAUGACAUCCAAUUUUCAUGCAGUGAACAGUUGGAACGAUGACAUCCAAUGUUUAAUGCAGUGAACAGUUGGAACCGACAUCCAAUGUUUCAUGCAGUGAACAGUUGGAACCAUGACAUCCAAUGUUUCAUGUUGUGAACAGUUGGAACCAUGACAUCCAAUGUUUUAACCUUCGAAAGACACUAUCGAACUUUAAGGCAUUUCUAUAUUUUUUGUAGAAAUCCCUUUUUCCUCUUUAUGACCUAUUCCGAUGUAUCAUGGAAUUAUGACAUCCUCUUGUCUUUAAAUGCCUUUUCUGUAUUGAAUAAUGGUCAGUUCAUUUUCGUAACACAGUCCUUUACGGCAGCGUUUCCCAAAAUAUUAAGUUUGCCGGACCUGUGCACACGUUUAGAAAUUACACCUCAGACCGGUGCCAGAUUUAUUAAUUAAUUUUUCUUUGUUUUUGACCGUACAAUGUUGUACCGACCGGCAACAUAAGGUUCGAAGGCCGGUGCUGGUCCACGGGCUACCGUUUGGGCGACUCUGCUGUACGGCGUCUAGCACGAGACAGUGAGUUGGAGUUGAUGACAUAUUUAUAGGUCGUCUAGGGUGGAACAGGUGAGGGAGCAAAUCUUGUUCCGUUGGUGGAUCUGUUCUAUCGAGGUAGACCUGCUUGAAGAAGUAAGUGUGGAGGUGGCAGGGCAGGAGGCUGGAAUACCUGAGGUGGGCCGACGGUAAUUCGGGCUGAGGAAGCGUGUGAACAUUGUGCGUGCCAAGAAAAAGAUGAUCUUUUUAGCAUUGCUUACUAAUGGCGUUCCAUUUCCUAGUCUUUCUGCGCUCAUCAGUUUUUCUCUAGCUAUUUCUUUUGUUAGCCAUCAUUUUUAAGUUGGCCAUUAUAAGAUGUCUGUACAAGUGUUGUCAACUAAUAAAUGACAUUAGCUAUGUCGCUAUUGCUGAGAAAAAAAAAGUAGAAUGACUUGACUCAGAUAUCCAUGGUGAUACAGCAUGACCCUUGUGUGCAAUGACGAUAGGAAAAAGGAUUGGUUGGGAGGGUGGGGGCUAUGUUUAAGAAACUAUCUUUAAAAAAAUCAAUAUAAUCAUCUUAACUAGCUGUAUUAACACCCGACCUCCCCAUAAUCGUUCCUCAAAGUUAUGUAUUAUCAUCUUAACUAGCUGUAUCAACACCCGACCUCCCCCAUAAUCGUUUCUCAAAGUUAUGCAUUAUCAUCUUAACUAGCUAUUUCAUACCCCCACCUCCCCCAUAAUCGUUUCUCAAAGUUAUGUUUUAUCAUCUUAACUAGCUAUUUCACACCCCACCUCCCCCAUAAUCGUUCCUCAAAGUUAUGUUUUAUCAUAUUAACUAGCUGUAUGAACACCCCACCUCCCCCAUAAUUUUUUCUCAAAGUUAUGUAUAAGUGUAUCACUGUCAACUAACCUUGGUUAAGAACUUUCUUUACCAUUAGUGGAUCCAGGAUAAAACGACAGUAAGGAACGCCUGGCCGUGGUACAAAUCAGUAAGGAACGCCUGGCCGUGGUACAAAUCAGUAAGGAACGCCUGGCCGUGGUACAAAUCAGUAAGGAACGCCUGGCCGUGGUACAAAUCAGUAAGGAACGCCUGGCCGUGGUACAAAUGAUUGUAUUGCUCCCUUACACGCCUUUUUAAUUAAACAUACAAAUACAACUUUUGAGCACUGUGCAACUGCUGAUGCUGCAAGAAUUAAGAGUGACGCCCCUGAUCUAAAUUAUUCAGCCCAGAAAAGUGCCUGUGUUGUGUUUUUAAACCGAUCCGGGAUUCGAAACAUUUAUUUCAGAGUCGCCUUAGAAUUUAAACUGUUCAACACCUCAUUGGGCAAUAACAUCCGGCCUUUGCUCAGUUUAAGAAAGUUUAUUUUCUAGGGACUCCUCUCCAACAUAUAUAUAUACUCAGCCACUAAUUGUGUUCAACAGUUCUCUAACAUUUUAAAGACGGUCUUUCAUUGUUGAUGCUAGAGAUGGGAAUCAACCCUUUUUUAAAGUUCGUGUUCGGUUCGGUAGCAACUUAAGUUCGGAUUCGGUUUAGUUCUGUUCGGCAGCAACUUAAGUUUGCCUAGUUUCGUUUCGAUAACAGCUGAAGUUCGGGCUCGAUAAAAACUAAAGCACGUUUUCGGCUCGCCAUCCCCUGAAGAGCCGCACGUUCAUUUAUAACCGCAAUUUAAAAAUAGUUUUAACAAAAAUAAUUAAAUACAGUAUAUUUUUUUUUUUUUUUUUUUUAAAUAAGAAAAAAAAAAGAGUCGUUUUUUAGUGUUGUUUAAUUUGUCACGUCUUAACACAAGUCACUCUUAGUGCGAAAGUGUGUUGGCGGGGGAGAGAAGGGUAGAGAGGGGUAGAAGAUGUGUAGAAGAUGUGUUGGCGUGGGAGAGAAGAGUAGAGAGGGGUAGAAGAUGUGUUGGCGUGAGAGAGAAGAGUAGAGAGGGGUAGAAGAUGUGUUGGCGGGGGAGAGAAGGGUAGAAGAGGAGUUGGCGGGGGUAGAGGAUGGUAUAAAAAAAAAUUAAUUUGGUUUACCAAAAAAAAAUAAUAGUUUUGCUAUUGGGUUUCCUGGUUUUAAUUAAAAUGUAAACACUUUUGGUGUAAGUAGUUAUGUAGAUAACGUUGAAGUUCGGCGUGCUCAAGUUUGACAAUUUUUAUGUUCAAUUUCUUUACAUUUUUAAAAAAAAUUAAAGAAUAAUUUCUUUUUUAUUUUCUUUUUUAAAAUUGAAAUACAUUUAAAAAAAAAAAACGUACGAAUUGAAAACGUGUUUUAACUUUUAUGUUAUCAAGAGUUAUCCUCAGGCCAGAAAAAGAGUUACACGUUUUAGUGGAUCGAGAAUGAAAGUAAUACAUAUCACCAGGCCACGAACCAAACAUGUUUGGUCAACUUAAUUUGGGAAAUGACAAAUUGAUUCAGAUCUGAGAAUGAAACUUUCAAAUAAUGACGAGUUAUAUUGAGAUGUUCAUUCUCUGGACAAAAUUUAAGAAACAAACAGGAAAAGAAACUUUUUUUUUUGUUUUUGUUUUUUUGUUAUUGUUGUAAGGUGGAAAAAAAUACAAUUUAACAUACGUCUUAUUGUGACAUGGCCAUUUAUUCCCGUGCUGCUGGGGCGCAUUGUGCUAGAAGCUAUUCAUCAGUAACGUGUGCUGGUGACACACGUUCUUCACAUUAGUCAUGAACUACCAAAUACGGUUGUAGCAUAAGGAGAGGGAAUUGGAUUACAGAUACAUGCACAGGAAACCUUCUUGGCAGAGCUGCUUUAUUGUUAUCAUUAAUAGUUGGUGGAGUUUCCCGGAAAGGUGCGCAAUAUGCACAUCUAAUUUUGUGUGCGUGGUCCUUUCAUAGUUUUCAUGGCUUGAACUUCUGCACCGACCUAAGGCCGACUCGAUGGUGGUGAGGUUUGCUUCAACUCGGUUAAAGACCAACUUCGUCUUCCUCCUCUCACUGCCAUGCAGUUUGCAAUACCGCCUUCCCUAACCACCCACACCACCGGCGUUGCACGCCAUGUCAGGAUACAAGGGUGCGAUGGUAUUGUUUGUGCGGAUACCAACUGCAGUGGCAUGCCGUCAGUGUUCGUGUGGAAUGCUGGGUAGGUCACGUGGUGCUUUUCAGAUGUUGAUCCACCGGUUUAAUUUUGUGUGCUCAGCGUGGUGCUAUAAAUAAUUUACUUUAUUUCCCCCCCCCCCCUUUCCCUCAAGUUUACUGAAAAGUGCUCAUGAAAACUUGAUCUCGGAAACCGUGGCUUGUAGUAAAGGAGGGAAACAAAACAGCGUGCCAACAAAUAGAUGAUUACAUACAAGCGGUUCUCGUGAUUUCUUAUUCUCUCUGAUUUUUUAAUUGUAGCAGUAAGACCAAAUAUCUUAUAUUAUUCAUAAAAAAAAAAUUAUGUAAACAAGUUAACAUCCUUUUAGCUUCACCACUAUGGCUAUGGUGUGUGCAGAGUUUUAUAGACACAGGACUGGCCAUAUACAUUCUUUUGUACAGUUUUUACACAUGGGUGUUUGUGCACACAUUAUCUACCCCCCCCCCCUUUCCCUUUCCCUUUUCAAAUGUCUCAGUUAAUUUGAUCUUAUGAAUACAAUUUUAAAAAAUGCGAUAAUUUUUUCUGUUUCAAUAUGUGGAAAUAGACAUUUUUGUUGCUAAAGUAAUGGGAGCUACACAGACACCCUAACUUCUUAGCUAUUAGUUCCUUAGAUGCCAACCAUUUAAAGAUUUCUUGCAAUUGUUUCCAACCUUUAAUGGUAGAAAUUGGAUGCAGUUGCUGGGCGCUUAAACACAACUGAGCUUUUUUAAAAAUUGGAGUUAAAUUAACUUUCUUAAAGAGAUGAACAUUGUAUUAAAUCAAUUGAUUUAGGAACACAAUACUAUCUAGAUUUUUAACACCAAGCACACCCACCUAGCACACCCACCUACACACCCACCCACAAACGGGUUCCAUUUGAAAUUAAGUUCCAAUGAAAUGUCUGAAACUGUUGACAGGAUGAGUAGAAAGGAAUCUGUUUGUAGGAAAGGGUUAAAACAAGUUUUACCUACUACUGUCAUACAAUAGUGACUUGCUAUCUCAAAAUAGUAUGUCAAACUAAAUAACUGUAGGCCAUUAAGAUAAUGUAGGUCAAUCUAAAGGACUGUAGGCUAGUGAUAUAAAGUAGGUCAAAAUAAAAGAAACCGCUAGGUAAGUAAGAUAAAGUAGGUCAAACUGAAGGGUCGUUCAUUGGCUAGUAAGAUAAAGAAGGUCAAACUAAAGGACUGUUAGCUAGUGAGAUAAAGGUCAACUGAAGGAAUGCAGGCUAGUAAGAUGAAGUAGGUCAAACUAAAGGACUGUAGGCUAGUAAAAUGAAGGUCAUGUCAUGUUGUAAUAAUAGCUUAUCUGGAAAUUAAGCCACCUAAUUUAAAUAUGUAUUUCACUGAAGGUAGACUAAUGGUAUGCUAUAAUAAUGUUUAAAAAUAUGGGUGACCUGUAGACCUAAUCCUGUGUUAUAAUAUAUGACUAGAGAUAAAUACUAGGCCACUGCACAUAAAUACCUUAUUUCCAGAAGUCAGAUUUAGAAUGCCUUGACAUUUCUCCACCCCAUAACAUAGUGUUUUUUUUCUUUCUCUAAAUGAAGUGGUGCUGCCAUGCCUUCAUAUCCUAACCCAUUAGCCUGUCUGACCUUCCUGUGCUUGACCUUUAGCUCUAAAACAUUCCUGGGUCUAGUUGUAGUCAACUAUAAAGAAGAGCCUUUCUCUUUUAAUUUCACAUUACUUCUAUAGUCUAUCUUGUAGAUGGACCAACUUGCCAGCCUCAUUUCAUGUGGACAUGUUUGUCCCAUGUUCCUUAUGUGUGUGUGGUUUUUUUUUUUGGGGGGGGGGGGGGGUAAUUUUGUGUAUUUUCUUUGUUGGGUAAUCUCUAUUUCAAAUCUUAAGUUUACAGAAUGUUAUAAUGUAACUUGCUGUUGACCUCAUAAAAAAUAUAUCCGCUCGAAAAUCUCUUUUUUUUUUUAAAGAGAACCAUACUUUCUCUAUGUUCAUAUACAACACACAAGAGUUAUCUUCUGUGACAGGAAGUGGUUUAACCCCACCCAAAUGUAAAAAGAAAUUUCAACCAGCAUUCAACCAAAGAGCUGAAUUAUGUGUUUUGUUUUAGCUAUCAAAAGUUAACUCUGCUAAAUCUUUUCGCCUUUUCUUGAGGCCUUUGAAAUGGUGGAAAAGAUAAUUUAAGCAAGUCACCAGUUUAUCUAAAGCAGUUUAUUUUCAAACAUGGGGGUACACCAAAAAAAAAAAAAAAAAAAAAAAAAAAAAAAAAAAAAAAAAAAAAAAAAAAAAAAAAAAAUUGGGGGGGGGGGGUGUUCAAUUGUAAUAUAAUGAGGGCACAAUUACUCUCUGAUAUAGUAUUUAUGUUUAAUUGUUUUAAAAGUGUGUGUGUAGGUGGACAAUUGGGGGAUACUUUUUAAAUAAGCAUUGCCAUUGUUUAUCAUUUACUGCAGUACAAUUAUAUCUUUCUCUUGGUUAUGUUUUAUUUUACAAAGGCUGACUUCAAUCUUACUGUAGCAGCAUUGAGACCUUUAUUAUAUUGUUGUCUAGAUCUUCCACUACAACCUUUUAGGUUCUCUGAUUUAUGGGCAUGGUGUAAAAACAAAGGUCUAGAGGGUGGGUGGCAAAAAUCACACAAUUAUUUAUUCAACAUUACUUUUCAAACAUUUUCUAUCUGUAACACACUGACUUUUUAAACAAAAAUUCUGUGACACAAUUUUUUUCAGUGACAAUAAUUGUGUAUUUUAAAUUAAAUGUAAAAAAAGAUAGUGAAUAAAUACACAUUCUAAUAAUAGGCUCAUUUUGUUUUGCCAAAUAUCAGUAUCAAGAAUUCUAAGUAUGCAUAACAGUUUUAAUCUUGUAAUCUGGGAUUAUCUAAGAUUAAGCAGUAGUAUAGUUUUUACUUCCCUGAGUUGAAUAUACAGAAAUAUUACACCACACAUGGCAAGAUCCUUGUAUCAUAAACUGUUUGUGAAUAGGACAUGUGUUGUUAGAAAUUAUGUAAAUAGGAGAAUUAAUGGCCAGGAUCAUUGGUUCUCAACCUCAUGUUGUGGUGACCCCCCAACCAUAAAACUACUUUUGUUGUUACUUUAUAAAUAUAUGUUUCCCAAUGGUCUUAGGUGACCCCUGUGUAAGGGUUUUUCUACCCCCAAAAGGGUUGCUACCCACAGGUUGAGAACCACUGGCCUAGACUGACAGGAAAAAUACAAUUUGAAUGCUGUUGUGCAACUGGGCUCAAAAUUUGUAAUUUUUUUAAUGUAAGACAAAAUGUUUUCUUGUUGCAGUCUUUAGCAAGAUUAAAGGAGGAGUUGAUGAGAAGGACCAAUGGUUCCUCACCUGAUGUCUCCAUGCUUUCCCUGGCUCAGGACAGACUGGACAUGGCCUCACAAACUGACCUAAGGGGAGAGGUACAUUUUAAAAGCUUAUUUGACACAUCUCAAACUGCCUACACACUUGAAGAUUACCAGUAGUAUGAAAGAUAAUUUUCCUUUAUGUGGUAAUGUCAUGUUAAUUCAUUGAAAUUUCACAAAAAUGUUUUUUUAAAUCUUUGAGGUUAUACAUAUAAGGUUAUAUUUUUAUGUCUGUUAAUGAAGAAUUUAGUAAAUUGUAUAAUAGAGUUCAUCCAUGUUGGUGAAUAUAUUAAUACAAAUCCAUUCACAAGCAGAUUUGUCAUUAUAUUUCAACACACUUUAUUUACUUUGAUUGUAUCAUGGUUAUGUCCAUUCAUAAAAGCAAUAACAAAAAUGUAUCAUUUUGAUCUUCACCUAUAAGGUUACAAAUGUCCGCUUGAUCCUAGAUGAACACAUGUGGUGCAGUUUUUUCUUGAGCAUUCUUUAUUUGAAUCAAAUAUUAUACUGCCAAGUUAGUCCUUUAUUAUACAGAAAUGUGGUAAUUAAUUAAUUAUUUCCAUUUAGUUUGGUGUGAACCAGAGCCGGCUUCUAGCAGAGAAGACUAGAAUACGACUACAAUAUGAUGAGGCACAGAAAAAACUGGGAGAGCUCAAGUUUCGCUUGGCCAACAUUGAGGACAAAAUGUUGCCAGGCCAAUCAGAGUCAGACAGGGACAGGUAACUCUUUCAAAAAUCAUUUUACAUUUUUUUUUAAAGCACCAAGUGCUCAUUAGCAAUGGAUUUUCAUGGUUAAAUUGGAAAAAGUAAAUUGUAGUUCAAAAUUAUUAUUUUUUUUAGAAUAGUGGACACUUACAUUUAAGCCAUUAUGUAAAUGUACUUACAUUCAUCUUGAAUCAAGUACAUAUAUUAUAAUCCUCUCAACACAUUAUUCUACCUGAACAGAAAUAAACUCAUAAAUUAUUUUAAAAGUUUUUAUUGUCAAAUGUUAAUAAAAGAAAUAAGAUUGUUUUUCUACGUCGCAAUAGGUUGCUUUUGCUACAGGAGAAAGAGCAGCUUUUACGAGAACUGCGUAGCAUAGACCCAAAAGGUCGUAGUGAUGAUGACAUGAGCUCAGUUAGAAAAAGAAUUAGUAAGCUUGAAUAUGACCUAAGGCACGCUCAAGUCAUCUCCAACAAGCAAAUAGAGCAGAGGUCAGUAUGUUCUGUCAGUUUAAUCAGAACCAUUACUGUAAUGCAACGUGUUUGUCUUUGUAAAAUUAUUAGAAACAAUAGUGUAUUUUGUCUCUAAUAAAGCAUCAUAUUUUAUUUGUACAUUUUAGAUAUAUUUGUCUUUUUAUGGAUCAUAUCCCAAAUUAAAUGUCAUUGCUGUUACUGUCAGAAGUUGCCCAUCUUUGGAAAUCAAGCAUCCAAAGUGUUUCAUUUCACUCAACAAUUCACUCAUAACUAACACAAAUACACAAUUAUCUUAGCACCAUACUAGCUACCCACCCUCAUAAAUAGUGUAAAUAUUAAAUUUAUCUUCUACCACAGGAUUACUCUCCAUGAUGAAAAAUCUACUAUUCUACAUCAGUUGGCAGAGACAGCCAAACUUACAUCAUAUCUUGAGUCCCAGCUUAGAAGGUAAGUUGGGAAUGGAGUUUUGGAAGCCCCUCCCUAAAGAUGAAGUAAUUCUGCAGAAUAGAAAAGUUUACCAAAAUUGCAACCUUGUGGACUGCUGGAAUCGUCCUGUAGAAAUUUUUCAUAGUGUUAAAAAAUGUACUGAAGAAUUUUAAAGAAUAAUAGAAUGAAAUAUUGUUCCAUCCAUCACAAUCUAAAUAGCACACAACUCUCUGGGUAAGUAAAAGUGCAUGCCCACAAAAAUAUACAUUUCAUCCUUUUAAGUUUCCUUUAAGCUGUUUUGGUUAGGUGACCCCUCCUAACAUAUAAUGAAAGGGAAUUGAAACACUAUAUCCAGGGGCGACUGCAAUAGUGCCUGUCUGGGCAGACCAAGGUUCUCAUUUCACACUAUUUUCUGUUAUUUCUGUAAAAGUCUAACUUAAAUUCAGUUAUUUUAAACCCUUCUAAUUAGAUAACAGCAACUUGGUGCAAGUUUUGUUUUUAUUAAAAAUUUUCCCACUAUUUUAUUCCAGCCUGUCAUUAAGCACCUUGUCGGUAUCAUCAGGGUCCAGCCUUGGCUCUUUGGGCUCUUUAUCUGCCGGUAGUCGUGGCUCACUAAAUUCAUUAUCCACCAUGGAUAUUUACAGUGCUGCCCAGAAAGCUGGGUCAGUAGGAGAAGUGAAUCUUCAGGAACUACACCAGAGGGUGGAGAAAUUGUUACAAGGUAGACUGAGACUUUUAUGUGAAGUGGCUUUUUUUUUUUUUUUUUUUUUUUUUUUUACACUUUUUAUUUCAUACUUUUUUUUCUUUUUUGGAAAGGUUUUUUUUUGGUUUUAAAAAUUGUUUUUUUUUUUUUUUUUUUUUUUUUUUUUUUUUUUUUUUUUUUUUUUUUUUUUUUUUUUUUUUUUUUUUUUUUUUUUUUUACUUACACGUCAUAUAUCAUACAUAUUUUACCAUUUUGGAAAGGUUAUUUUUUGGUAUUAAGAAGUUUAUUUCUCUUCUGGUUAAGGACACAGCAUGUCUCCUAUACAAGAGGCCCACUCUGUUCUACCACAUGAUGAUGUAACAGAAGCAGCCACUUCAAAUUACAUGCAAUCAGUGAUGUCUGGUAGUCAGGAGCUGAGUGAUACAACUAACAACAAUAUACUUGGUAAUAGCUUGGGAGUCACACCCAGCCUACUUAACAGCAACAGCAACAUACUUGCUGCACUACCCAAACAAGCUUCAGUGUUGUCCUUAUCUUCAAAGUCGUCGCUAACAACUUCCUCAGCUUCACCACCUGUCUCCCCCAUAUAUGGAUUUGGCCCUCCGCCCAGCUAUGAACAGCAUAUGAGUGCAUUGGAGCAGCGGCAUGUUCCAUUUCAACAACUGCUGCAGCAUCAACACCAGAUGCAUCAGUUGACACCAGGGGGUAGUACUGGAAGUCUAAAUAACAACAUCCCAACCAUGGUCACAGAUAAUGUCCUUUGGCAGUUGGGUGCAAGCUCAACAGUUCUUCCAGGCGCUGAUCAAUUAAAUUUGACAGAUUUUACUCCUCAAGCUGGUAAUGAGCUCAGUAUUGCAAAUAAGGAUGAUGGAUUAAAUCACUUACAUGCAAUUGUCCCCAUCUCUUCAUUAAAAGAUAUUUCCUCUGGAUAUCCUAAUUCAUUACUGGAAGAUACAAUAAGUUCCUCAUCUAAGUCCUCAAAAGAAGCAAACUUAAACUGUGACGCUGUCAGUGAAAGUCAUAUGCAACAGAUGUCACCGCCACCAAUUGCUACAGUUUUUACUCAAAGUCAGAUUCCAAAAUCUUUACAGACCAAUGGUGGAGAAGGAAUUGCUCAUACUUAUAAUAGCACCCCACCCCCUCCUUACAGUUCUCGUCACACGCCCAACCUGGAUUCCAUUGGUAACCCGCCACUUAGUCCAAUCAGUGAGAGUAGCUCUGGUGUAGGUAAUAACCUGUCAGGUGGAAACACAAGGAGUGUCUCUGCUGCUGUUAGUGAUGAGUCAGUGGCAGGGGAUAGUGGAGUGUUUGAAGCUGCCGUUAGCAGGUCAGUAGUUUCUUUAAACAUUUUUUAUGUUCAAUUUUACUGCUUUACUUUAUUGUUUCAAAAAAUGUUAUAUUACCUAUUAUCUUAUUUUUAUCUCUUUGGAUUAAUUUGUAUUAGUUUUUCACUUGAUAUUAUGCUGGUAAAGGUUAACUUACGUUGAUAAUACACUCACUGUAAUGGUUUGUACUACCAUAUAGCAACUUAUUCCCCCCCCCCCCAAGUUUUGCUAAGGGAAAUAACUCACUCGAGUGCUUACUUUUUAUACCCGAGUUAUGCUUUUUUUCAAAUUAAUUAUUAUUAUUAUUAUGAAGGUGGUUUUAUAUAGCGCAGUACCCCAGUCCAGGGCUAGGCUCACUGUGCUUCAAAUAAAAAUUAGCAAUUACAGAAAAUUAUACAUUUAAAAACAACAAUUUGUAAAUAGCUUCACCUCACCCACCCAAGUUCUAUCUACCCCUGACCAGUCAUGGACAGCGCCCAGCUACAUCUUAAUUAUUCAUGAUAUGAUUAGAAAUAUGUUGAAAACUUGCUUUUAAUGAAUUGCAUAUUUCUAUAAAAUUAAAAAGUGCACAGUUUCUGACACCAUCUCUUAAAGUUCCAUAAAAAAAAAAAGAACAAUGUAUGAAAGGAAAUAUUUUUAAAAAAAUUUCAAUAAUUUGAAAUCUACUUCCAGGACGGGUUACAUCGAUAAAGUAUUGGAUAGCAAUAUGGAGAGUGCUCAAAUACAAAUAAAAUUAAAGUAAGUUUCUCAUUUACUUUGUGAGGUUCAUUUGCUUUAUGAGAUGAGAAUGGAUUGGAGAUACAGUGGAACCUCUCAUAACUAGUUUAAUUCGUUCCAGACUCUUACUCGUUAAGCGAAACCCUCGUUAAACGAAACAAUUUUUCCCAUACAAAUCAAUGUAAAAUACGAUAAUGCGUUCCCUGCUGAAAAAAUACGAAUUUUUCAAAAAUUUUGAUCAACAUUUAUUCAAAUAAAAUUACUUAUGAAUUGUUAAGGAGUGUAACAACUUGAUAAAAAAACAAUUUAGAUUUGAAACAAAAAACGUAAAUAAAAAUAUGAAUUUAUAACAAAUAAUUAAUCCUUUUUAACUAGAAAACUGUGUAAAGACAUUUGUUUUUGCCGACGCUUCAAAAUUUGACGAAAAUGUUUCACAGCAUUAUUAUUGAAUAAAUUUGUAGCACGAAUAGCCACGCUCACACCUUGUUCUCGCUUUUCAAUUAUUUUACGUUUCAUUUCAACAGUUAUUUUUUCUCUUUUAUGAUUGUCUUCUUGCGUUGUUUUUUUCGAAGACAUUUUAGCAUAGGUUAUUACACUUUGCACAUAAAAAAAUUACGAAUACUGUCUGAAUACUGAAUACAAAAUUUGUAAAAACUGGUGAUCACACACGAAAACAACAAGCUAACAGGCCGAGUGCUAAACACAGGCUAAUGCAAUGGUUCUCAACCUUCCUAGUGCCGCGACCCUUUAAUACAGUUUCUCGUGUCUUGACGACCCCCCAGCAACCUAAUUAUUUUCGUUGCUACUUCAUAGCUGUAAGAAUAUGUGUUUUCAGAUAGUCUUAGGCGAGCCCUGGGAAAGGGCCGUGCUACCUCCCAAACGGGUCACGACACACAGAUUGAGAACCGCUGUACUAAUGCAUCGACGCGGAAGCCCGGGCUCACAAAUGAAUGUCAGAAAAAGGGACUUCCCCUUUCUGUGUAACUCGUUAUGCGAAAUAUCGCUCGUUAAGGGAGCAACUUCUUCACAUUUUUUUUGCUCGUUAUGCGAAUUACUCGUUAUGAGAGGUGCUUGUUAUGAGAGGUUCCACUGUAUUUCAUAUCAGCCUCAUUGAAACAGCUUAUAGUUUAUUUAAAUUAAAUAUAUUAUUUUUAUUUAAUUUUUAAAAAAACAUAUAAUAAAAAUGACUUGGCUCGUCAUCUGGCAUGGUGAGAAUAUUAAUUUAAAAAAAAAAAUUGUUCAGUCUCAAUUUUUAAAUAUUUUUCAGUCAUUAUUAUAUUCAUUUUUUUAUACCCGUUUAUGCUUUUCAUCUCCCUAUUAGGUAUGAAGGUUUGGAACGCCAGCUCGUUAUUAGCAUAGAACAAGCAAGAAACUUGUCUGUAUUACCUUUUCAUAAAGACAGUAGUGUGUAAGUAAAGUGUGGAAAAACUUAGGAUGUCUUAUAAAAAAUAUCAUGAAUAAACCUUAAGGCUUUUGAAGCAAAACCAAAAUUGGAAUUCUCAGCAUUUGUGAUUUUUUUUUUUUUUUUUUUUUUUUUUUUUUUUUUUUUUUUUUUUUUUGUGGGGCCUCUUUCUGGAUUAAAAUAAUAUGACCAUCUUGGGGAGAAUUUAAACACUGAUGAGAACUAACGCUACAUAUAGGAUUUUGCAUCAUAUCAUAGAACAUACAAGUAUGUAGUUCUAUACUAUGUAGCGAUAGUCAUUGAUGUUUUAAUCAUUUUUGAUACCAAGGUUUAAAAAAAUUAUUUUUUAAAUUGUGUCUUUAAAAAAAUAAAAUAUUUUUAAUGUUAUUUUCCUGAUUUGGCAACCCUGAAGACUAUGAUUUAAACAAAUACUCAUUCCAUGACCCUGCUCAAAUUAAAGUAGCUAUAAAUUUCAAGCCAGUACAUUAAUAUUAAUAGUUGCAGCAGGGUAUUUUUUUCCUGGUUACUUGAUAACUUCAUUAGCUUAUUGAUUAUGUAAAAUUCUAUAUUUUGCUCCUUUUUUUAAGUUGGUUUUUGUUUGACCGAAUGACUUUGGUGACCAAGCUUGUUAUAUUUUCUCUACAGAUGCAUCAAAGCAGCACUUCUUCCCAAUCAAAAUGUAUGCCUAGAAACAAAACCUGUGUCAGAUCUCAAGUCCCCCAAGUUUUCUGAGAUGUUUCGUGUCAGCAUUCCUGAACAUAAGUUGUACUCUAAGACCCUGCAAGUUCAUGUCUGGAGUUUAAGCCUUGAGAGGAAAGAAGAAUGCUUGGUAGGUGGAGGUUUUUAAAGAAAUAUCAGACAAAAUUAUUACUUACGUUAGUGUUUGUAAUAAUCAGCUGUUGUUGAUUUUUCUUGACUUAAAAUAAGACAUUUGUUUUGUUACAGGGAUGUGCUCAGGUCAGUCUGGCUGAUUUUGACCCCAAGUCUGUCUCUGUGCGGUGGUACAAUGUGUUGAGCUUCCGUUUUAUGCAGUCGGAUCUUAAGAGUCAAGGAACACCCGUUUCCAAUAAGCUGUCCAGUGCUCAGUCCCAGCCAUCGUCCAGUAGCAGCUCUGAAGAGCCUAAAGCUGCUGUCAAUAAAGCCAAAGAGGUAUACCUAUUAAGUUAAUAAGUCAUGUAAAACCUCAACUCAUCAUUCUAUUGAGAGACUCUGAGUUUGAACAUUUGCAUUAAGGAAGAUGACAUUGAAAUUUCAGUGUCUCAAAUUCUGGAUCAAAAUUAAUCUGAUGUGUGAGUAAGCAGUAGCUCAGCAUCUUUUUUUGAAACCACAGAAUAGUUGGCACCCAUCCUUAAAUUUUUAUCACCAUGCUGAAAUUUUUCAAUUGUCAUUUAAAAUUUGAAGAAAAAAAAAUAAUAGUCUACAUACAGAACUUGAAUUUAUUAUAAAUAUCUUCCUACAUAUUAUAUAUUGGGUUUUCUUCUGUUGAUAAUGUUAAUUCAAAAUAUUUUCAUGGUAGAAACAGUCACAAGACAGAGUUGAUCAACUUCUUGAAGCCUCCUCUGCCAAGUUAAGGCAGGUUGUUUCAGUAAGUGAUGACCAAUCUUCUGGGACUGACUCUGCCUCAGGUCGCAGGUGAGUGCCUUAAUUAAUUAGUUUUGCAAGUACUUUGGCUACAUUUAGCUGAUGGAGAUUUGUCAGAAUAGGCAUUUUGCCAAAAUUAUGUUUUACUGAAUAUUAAAGAGUAAUAACAUUCUUGUUGGCCAACUCUUUAACUUAAAGGAGUUGUUUCCAAAUUUGAUUACUGUGCUCAGAAUUGAUAAAGCAAAUUAUUGUCACUACCUUAUAUAUGGAUGUGGAUCUUAAGUGUUAAAAUGCAUUUUAUCUUGUGAAAAUUGCACACCAUAGUCUUAUUUUUUAUCUUUCAUGCACCCGACUCAGUUAUUCUACUUUAUUCUAAGAACCAGAAAACCUGUCCAUAGUUUUUGUAUUAAUCUAUAUCUUGUAUUGGUGCCAGAUUCUCAGCUCAUCCAGUUGUUUUGUCUGUGAAGGAGGAGAGCAGUGACGAGUCCACUAUUAUAUCUUCCCAGACAUCCACACUCACCAGGAAUCAUGGUAAUUUGACAGAUUUACUGACUUGUGUUUGUUGUAAAGGAGACUUGAUAGCUGAGAAUAAGUCAGUCAUAAUCAAAUGUGAUCACUUCUUUGGUAGUGCAUGUUGAUGGGGAUGACAGGAGUAUUAAUCAAAUAAUUAAGUGAGAAAACAAUGAACCCAUGUUCAUUGCUUUAAAUAAAAUCCCCAAUGCUUGCAGGUCCAGAGGAAAUGAAAAGCCACAGUUUUGAUGGUGCACAGGUCCAGGAUGACCCAGAAGAUGAUGAAGACGAUGAUGACGAAAAGGUUAGACUUCACAUAAUUAUAAACAAUUAAUUCUAGCAUUCUAUUUAUUAAUUUAUUCACAUGUAAUUCAAUAGAGAGAAGUGAUUGUGCUUUUUUUUUUUUUUUAAACUGGCAAGAUGAAGUCAUUUUAAGAAGGGAAAUUCUAAUUUAACUCAUUAACUUUUUUUUAAAAAGUACCGUAUUUAUUGCCGUAUAACACGCCCCCGGGUAUAACACGCACCUCAAUUUAAGAAGGAAAUUUCAGGGGAAAAAAACUAAACAUUAUAUCGGCGUAUAACACGCACACAUGAUUUUCGGGGAGAAAAUAUGCAUCUUAUACGCCAAUAAAUACUGUAUGUACACUCCUUUUUGACACAAUAUGACUUGUUCAUAUUUUUUGUUCUUUUCCAAUAUUAGGAUGAAGACUAUGCAGAGAUGAUCCAGAAAGUACUUAAUGAGUUGGCUGAGUCAGUGGAUAAUUUUGAUGAUGAUGAGUUCCUGGAAUCAGAGGAUGGGCUGCUCAACUGCAAGUGUGACAAGGAGACAAACACCGAGCUUGGAGAUUACAGGCUGAGAGAGAUCAAACACAGAACCACGCAUCACCAUCAACAACCACAGCGACACUCAAGCACUUUGCGUAGCAGCACCAUCAGGCGCUCUCAGACUUUUUCCCCAGCCUGUCGACAACCUCCCCCUGGUUAUGUGUGUAAAGUGAGUUGUUGACUUUUUUUUUAAGGUAUUCUUUUAAAUCCACUUUUGUAAUAAUUUUUUGAGAAAUACAGGAUCCACACAGCUGGAUCCUCCCCAGACUUAUUUAGCCAGGAAGCCAUGUGAAUGAUUAACUUGUUGGAGUAGAAAAAGGUUUGAUUCACAAAUAUUAUAUUUGUCUCUCUGGCCUCAGGGUUUAAUACAUCUGAAUAUUUGAAAUAAACUUUGCAAAAUUAAGGUGUAUAUGAUAACCCACCUGUAAGCUCCCGGGGCAAGUUUUGAGAUGAUUCAGAGUGGCCGCCUUCAGAAAGGAAAUGCCUGUAAGUCCUAAAAAAGCAAAAUGCUUUUUAUCCCUUGAGAGAAUAUGCUUAAUGAGGUAAAAUAAUUGAGCAAAUCAUCCACUUGGCGAUAGAACAGUUAAAAUAAAGGCUCUGGUGUUUUCAACCCCCUGAACCAGUCUCUAAAUACCUUAUAAUUUGUGGAAGCAUAUUUCAAUUAAUCAUAUGUGUAAUUAAUUAUAUAAUAAAUGUUUAGAUUGUUCAAUGAAAAGUCAUUAAUUUAUAUGUUUGUUGUCAAUGAAAUAUUUUUUUAAACAUUUUCAUAAAUUUUUUAAAAUAAAAAUGUAAAAAUACACUUGUAUGCAAAAUUUAAAGAGAAAACACUCUUGAAUAAAACUGACUAGUUUGCUAGUUAUAGGAGGUUAUGUCAGUUAUCAAACACAUCAAAACGCAAGCAGACAUAACCUACAAUUGUUUUGGAUGAUGACCAUGUGAAAUGGGUAAGCUGGCUAAAUGAAUGGGCUUUACUGUUUUUUUUCAUGAACAGUUAAACCGUAGUGACAGUGACAGCUCUAUGCCAUUGUACAAGAGGACACCCUUCCAGAGAAAUACAGUCAGUAGGAGGAGCCUGCGCUGGAAACGGGUAUGUUAGUUUAUUCUUGAAAGGUUUACAAUGGAGCUAAUUAAAUUUACCUUGACUAAAUGAACCACAUCCUAAUGAGUAAUGUUUUAGAACUAAAUAAAAACUUCUUAUGUUGAUGUUGUAUUAUUUCGCCAGUGCUUUGGUUUUGUACCUAUUUUAUCUACUGAAGUCUACCAUCUAACAUUGUGAAGUACAGUAAAGAAUAAUUUGUGCUUCAAAUCUUAUAAAGUAACAGUCAAAUUAACACAUUAACUAAUACACAGCCAAAUUAAAUUCACAAUACAACUGAAUAAAUUUCAUUGCUGUUUUUCUGUAUAAUAUGGAUUUAGAAAUUUGACUUGAUUUUUUUUUACACAGUAUAAUGAAUAACAAUUCAUAUGUACCAUAACCAUAAAUUAAUGUCAUUGGUUACUAGACCAAACAAAUAUCAUAGGUUAAUUACAAUGGAAUUUGAUUAUUAAGCUAAGCAUUUACUAAUAAUUAGUCACUAUUUGAAUUAAAAUAAAUUCUUGGUUAUAUAUUCAAGUGGCUAACAAACCAAAUAUUAUUUUGCAUAGACAUAAAAGCUUUUUCACUUCUAGCUUUAAAAUAAGGACAUUUGUUUGGAUUUUGAACAGAAUUAAAACUUAAAAAUAAUAUUUUAGAAACACACUAAGCUUGGGUCUCUGUGCAUCUUCUGGUCUGGUGAUGGGGCUCAUUCAUGUGUUAACAGAAAAAUUUAAUGAUUAUUUCAUGAUUAUCUCUAUGUAGGCUGAUGGCUCAAUAUCUAUGAUGCCAUUAUCAAGUCAGUUACCGUUCCGUACCUCCCUGGACCUUGAACUUGACCUUCAAGCCUCGCACACAAGAUUGUCUCACCUAAAUGAUGAGAUCACACGAUUAAAAGACCUGAAAAGAAUGUUAGAGGAAUCAAAGAACAAAGGUAAUUUUAUUGACAUUGUCCAGAUAACUCAUCUAAUAUGUUAUACUAGGAAUACCCGUGCUUCGCUAUGAUGAUUGAGGUAGUUACAAAUACAGUAACGUAGUUUUCUUGGUCUUGCCUUUCCAUGAUUUGGUAGGAAUUUGGAUCAUGUUGGUGGAAGCUGAUGCUUGAGACUCCUCUGCCCUUAGAUCACUUUUGAGAUUAACUCUCUUGUUGACUUGCAAGGAUCGGACUUGGAAUUUAGGCCAUAGGUGGAAUGACUUGAGACAGGCUUUGACCUCAUCAGCAGACAUUCCCCAAAAAAUGCGGAUAGUGUCUGCCUGAAGUCAGUUGCUAGUAGCGUAUUAAUCUCCUCCAUAAGAUAAAAGUAUCUAAAUCUUAUCGUGAUAAUUAACCCUAGAUGCAUGGUUUAAGAACUUAAAUAAAAAAUAUACUUUUUGGAUGUGCACCAUUCACAAAAAUAUAAUGACGCAUGUUAAAAUACAUUACAUGAUACAAAAACAUAAACCAGGAAUGCUAUACGAAAAAAAUAGCUUUAUAUAUGUUUUGGAUUUUGGUCAUUUUUAUCCACUUAAUAGCUGAAUUUGAAAAAAAAAAGUUGUCAGUUCAUGCCUAAAGUAUAAGAGGAAACUCCAUGGAAAAAUCAUCUUCACAGAGCUUGUUGUCCUUGUGAUCUUGUGAUCAGUGAGUGGUAUUUGGCUUUUAUAAAUAUACAAGCUGAGGCAAAGCAACCAUGUCGAGCAUAUAAAAUAUGGGAAGAGGAUCAUAACGAAUAAUAAUGAUGCCAGUACCAUUAUACCCGUGAAUACCCUGUGACUGCUCAAAACCCUUUCAUCUCUCUCCUCAGUAUGUUUAUUUGCCUUUCUUUUAGGAGCAUGGUGGGUAACAUGUUCUUUUGUGUGCAUUUGGUGCGUUGAUGACCAAGCCCACAACAGGGAAGCGGCGAAUUAGAGCCCAUCAUGUUUUGCAAUGAGAGCAGGGCGGACAAGAAAGAUCCACUCUAGAAUUAUUAUUAUAAAUAUGACUAGUUGGGGCAAGAUAGAAAAGAGAUGCAUAAUCUAUAAUAAUUCCUGAUGGCAUUCCAUAUAUCCACCAAUGCUAGUUCUAUUGAUUCUAUAUAGAUGCAUUAGGUGUGUAGGUGAUUAAUCACACGGCCAGGGAAGCAGCCAAUGAAAGUGCAUUACGAUGGGCGAUGAGACAAGAUAUACUCAUGAAUUAUAUUAUCAAACUAACCUCUCUCUCUCUAUAUAUAUAUAUAUAUAUAUAUAUAUAUAUAUAUAUAAGAGAAAAAGUUUACAUGCCCGAAAAUUGAAACUGUAAGCAAUUGUGAAGCCCUGGAAUCAUUGCUAGUUAUUCAAUUCUUCUAAUAAACAAAAUCUGGAAAUCUAAUAAAAUAAUAAGAGGGGCAAUUAAAAUUUUAAAAAUUUUAGGCAUUUUCUUUUUAGGAGAGUGGGAGUUACCUGAAUGGCUGUCAGAGAAUGAAAAAUUUCACCGUCUUCUGUCUAUGGCUGAGAAACUGGUAUGUAACUUUUUUUUAAAGGAAUUUUUACUUUUUAAAUUUCUAGUACAUUAGAAACAUAUUGAUUUACUAUUAUCAUAUAGAAAUUAAAAUGAAUUUUGAAAAAUGACCUGUUCUGAUUUCUCUAGGCAAACUAUCUUCAGUCCAGAAAUGUAAGAUUUGAAUGCUUUUCUGUUUGCUCUGAGCUCUUACAGUGUUUUUAGCUGAGAUUUAACAAAGUUUUGCUCUGUUAGGUUCAAUAUUUAGUGGAAGUAGAUGAAAGGAAACCUAGCAAUAGCCUAUAAAUUAUGUACACAGGGCCGAAAACUUGAAAUGGAUGCAAAAUAAGCUUGUAUGUGCAUGUGUUUUUAGACCCCCAUCACACAUGCAUAUUUAUUGACUCUGCAUAAUCUGAAUGUCUUUAUAAAAUUAUGCAAACGAUGGUUAGAUUUGACUGUAAUUUGUAUUUUAUUAAUUUUUUAAAAUUAUCAUUAAAGGAAGUAUGAUUUUCUGUUGAAAAAAAAAUAUAGUGCAUAUGUGUUCUGACUUUUGCACUACAGACAUAUGUUUAUUCAAUAUGACUGAAAUAGCAAAGUUAGAAUGUUGCUAAAAAGCCCUUUGGAAGUAACAAGGCAAGAAUAAUGGCAUGUACUGGCAACAUAACUAUGAAAACUAAAAGCAUGUUUUCAUAUACCAGUGAUUGAAAUGUUGUUCUAUAUAAUACUUGUCUUUUAUGCUUCUCCUGUUUUUAGUAGCAAAAUAAAAUAAAUUGAAAAGAAUUGUGUGACUUGUAAAGUUGGUCUCAUUAGUAACGUCCUUUUGUUUGUACCAAUGAACAUGCUUUUUAUUGUUCAAAGUCUGUUGAAGAGUUUGCUGAAUAUUUAUUAUAUUGUGUCAUUAAACAACAUUUUUUUUCUAAAGCUGUUAACUGCAGUUAUUAAAAAAAUUGUAUAAGAAAUGGAUACAUUAUGUUAAAUUUCUAACAUUCUUUCUAAUCAGUCGUCAUCAGCUGAAAAGAAAGAAUAUGUGUCUAAACAAGACAAGAGGGCGGAGCAUCUGAUGAGGAAAGUCACCAAAGAUGUGCAGAGAAUGCGUCAAGGCACUCAGCAGUCAAGGACAUUUAAUUUUAGGUUAGUUUCAUCUCCACUUGAUUUUAAUUUGCUUUAUUUUACUUAAUCUAAAAGUGGAAAAUAACGAUAGCCAUUUUUUUUUCCUCAGGGAAAAGAUGGCAUUUUUUACCAAUACUAACAUGGAUGUACCUGUGAUACCAUCGGAGGUCCUCAAGACAAGUUCAUUGUCCCAUCAGUUAUCUCGAGGUGAUGCCAGAGAGGAGAGACUCUCACAAGCAUCCUCUUCAUUGACCUCCAGGGCAUCAUCUUCAUCCUCCCUGAGCCAUCUGGCACAUAGCAAGCCAACAUCAUCCAACUCAACUCUUUCCUAUUCUUUAUCAUCGUCCCUACCACAACCUGGAGAGAACUCUUCUCAACUAACCGGUGUACAAAGCCUGAAUGGAAUGGACAAUAAUCAAAUGUUUCAUGACCAGAAAGAUAGUAUAUCUUUAUCCACCAUUAGAGCCUCUUCCCGGUUAUCCAAUGUUACAAACAUUUCCUUGGUGGCACCAUCAUCACCAGUGAACAAUGAGAGCAAAAAAAGCUUGCCUCAGACCCUAUCUUUUAAUCAAAAUUCAAGUGAGAAUAACAGUUUGUUUUUGGAAAUGUUGGCCAGUGGAAGUGCCAGCUUGAGUAGAUCCAGUUCAUCGGCCAGUGAUAGGGCCAAGGCUGCAUUUUUCCUGGACAGUCGUGUUGGAGAGGAAGUUUAGAGACCUUAUACAAAAUGGGGAGAGAAUCAAAACAUCUUUAUAUGACUGGUUGCAGCUUAGUGGAUAUUACCCUGAAUGUGGUAACUAUUGAAUCCUAAACCUAUGAAUGUCAAGGCUUGAUGAAGUGACCAGUCACCAACCACCACUCAGAUCUGACAUACAGGUGUUGUAUAGGUUCAUCUCAUCUCCACACAAUCCUUUAACACUGAAACACGCAGGAAAUGAUUUGGAGGAUUGAAGCCAUAAGUUAUUUUCUAGAAUCAAAUCAUAUGUUCUUGGACUGUUUACUCUAAGGAUUAUUAGUACAAGUUGUACAAUGUUUUGCCAGCUGACUACUCCAUGAGUUAGUCGGCAUUCUUGCAGAAAAAUAAGGUAUGUGCAUUUACAACCUUUUUUUUAAAAACCAUAGCUAGAAAAAAAUUUUUUAAAAAUAAAAUUAAAUUGCAAAGAUUAUUCAUGUAGCUGCAGCAACUAUUAAAAAUAUGGAAUUCAGUCGCCGGCAAAAAUAUGAUUAUAAAAAAUAUAAAAAAUCUAAUACUAACAGGUUUAAUUUUAAGUACCUGUACUUCUAAUGUUUCAAAUCUUUAAAAAAUUCAAUGACAAUGUGUCAAAACAAUAUGAUCAAAUCAAC